AGAACUCACGCUCAUUGUUGUUCUCCACUCUUCCCCUCAACGGCGCCAGUCUCACUCUUCUCGGAAUCUCCGGCGAUUCAACGAUGGACGGCGAACAACGGAGAAUGUCGAUAGACAAUGAGAAGGUGCAGCUACGAACCAGUCCUAAGGAACUACUUAUGCAUGAUCCAUCGCUCAAUCAAGGAGGUCAGAUGAAUUCCUUUACUUUUGCUGGCAAUCGGGACAUAAUGCAAAAUGGAACUGCUAAGGCUGUUAUCUGCAAAUCCAAGAAACUUGAGGAUGCAGUGAAGGAGAUUGGUCUUCAAAUUAAACACUACGAAGAUAAUAUCAAAUUCUUAGAGGGUCAGAAGAACAGGUUGGAUGAUUCAAUUUUGGAUAUAGAAGUUGCACUCGGCAAGAUUUAUUCAGCAAGUGGAACUGGUUCUGAAAAUAAGGAAUCUUCUAAUGGGAAGAAUGAAUUGGAGACCAUUGAAGAAAUCUUAACAUUGAACAGUUGCCAGCUGCCAACUCAUAAUGGAACUCAGAUUAGUCAUUUUCCGUAUAUGAAGGACGUGAUAGGAAUGGUUGCUUUGCUUGGCAAGGUUGAUGACGAUAAUAUCAGCAGGACUCUCACAGAUUAUCUUGGGCAAGAAACCAUGUUAGCAGUUGUUUGCAAGACGCAUGAUGGACUUAAAGCACUGCAAACAUAUGAUAAGAAAGGACUUGUAAAUAAAAGUUCUGGUCUUCAUGGAGUUGGAGCUUCAAUUGGGAGACCUUUGGAUGACCGAUAUCUUGUAAUCUGUCUUGAGAACUUAAGACCAUACACUGGUGAAUUUCUUGCUGAUGACCCUCAGAGGAGGCUUGCCCUAAAGAAGCCAAGAUACCUCAACGAGGAAACUCCUCCUGGUUUUCUUGGAUUUGCUGUCAAUAUGAUCAAUAUUGACACUGCAAAUUUAUAUUGUGUUACAAGCACUGGUCAUGGCCUGAGAGAGACCCUCUUCUAUAGACUCUUCUCACAGUUGCAAGUAUACAAAACAGGGGCAGACAUGAUGCAGGCACUACCUUUUAUAGCUGAUGGAGCCAUAUCAUUGGACGGUGGGAUCAUAAAGAGUGGUGGUAUAUUUUCCCUAGGCAAAAGGGAAGUACAGAUCAAAUUUCCAAAGAGUUCUGGAAGGUCGUAUUUACCUGAAAGCUAUUUUGAAACUGAGAUACGGAUGAAGAAGCUGAAGUGGGAAAGGUUUAUACCGGUCUUGAUUCUUUUCACGACCUGGGCUAUGAUAAAGAAGUGGUUAUGGAGAAGAUUGAAGGAAAGGCAGACAGUGCAGCUGCUGUUGUCCACAAGCUGCUCAGAUCACCAAAACCUGAACAGCUGUAUCUCAAAUAUGCUCAUGACAUACUUGGUGUGGUUGCACUUCUUGGAGAGUUUCGGACCCAUAAGCUUAGCAGCAUGCUUUCAACACAUCUUGGAGAAGAUCAGUUGCUUGCAGUAGUAUGCAAAUCCUGUGCAGCGCCAGAGCUCUUGACAAUUAUCAAAUGGAUUGAAAUGUGAAUUGCGCCAGUGCUCUUGACAUAUUAGCUUCUAAGCUUGGAAUUUCCAUCAAGGGUCAAUAUAAGGUUAUUUGCCUUGAGGAUAUAAGGUUAAAGCAUUUCUUUCUCUGGUUUACUUUAUACUAACUGUUUUCAAUUGUUAUGAUUUUAGGUCUCUCGAUCCAGUUAACACAUCAUGUUUCAUCCAUGUCUGAUCAAUGCUCUCUGGAAAAAAAAAAU